UCCAGCAGCGCUCGGGACUCUAGCCCAGAGACCCGGUUGGAUCCAGGGAAAAAGGCAAAAAUGGAAACCCCAUCAGUCAAUCGGGAAAACUAGGAUGAUCAAAAAUCAAUAAGAUGAAUCAGUUGGUAAUUGGCUAAAAAAGAGGUGCAGUGGAGGGGGGUGGGGGGCUGGCCGAAAGAAUCCGUAAAGAAUUAGAUUUGUGUGUGCCGGACAAGUUAAUUCAAUUACUCUUUUCUCUGAUACAUCAAACAUUAAAGUUUCUAUAGGUCCGCAAGCUACACUGUUUCAUACAUUCAUGUGUUGUUCAUUUCCCCAUCUUUUGACCCCGCCCUCCCCGAUGAUUAUUACGCAACCAAACUAUUAAUUUAUUUUUUUAAAAUUGUGAUUCAUUUGAAUUUUGAUUCUUUCAACUUAUAACUCGGCCCAAAUUGGAUUGAGGCGCUGCACGAUCGAUGGAGGCUCACGAUUCCGUGCCGGUCCGAUGCCCGUCCGGCCGGCCACGGCAGCCCCGAACCUACGAAUGCAUCAGCCAGCCCUUCAUCGAACAUCAUGCUGAUCGUUCAAACAGGUUUGAUUGGAACGCGGGGAGGCCGGCCGGCCACUCCGCAGCCAAAUAACUUGUUGGUUACCUUUUUUUUGGCCGUCCAUUACAUUCCGUCAAUUGUCGUCCGACGGCUGUCGUGUAAAACAAGUCGAGCCGACACCCACCGAGAGACAUGCACUUGUGUCGUAAUAAGGUUCAAUCCCAUUUGCCUUUUAUUUUAUUUUGUUUUUCAUAAACUUGGUGCAGACUGCCUAGACGUGAUUUAGGUGGACGACCUAAAAAAAAAAAGGCGACAUGACAUGAACAGUUACUUUUUAAUGGGCGAGGCCAGCAGCAGCAGAGAAGAAGAAGCUGCGUCACAUCUUCGUCAAAGUUGAACGCGACAAAUGGCCGCGUCUUCAUCAAAGUGUUACCUGGCGAACUUUACACUUUUCGUGCAUAACAACAAAGAGUUAAAGAUAAGUUUCGAUCGUACUAUAAGCCAUUUCUCCGUUAAGUUUUUCCCAACUGUCACUAAGAAAUUCGAAUAAUUGAUUUGAAAAAAUAUUUUACAGCCAAAGAAUGGUGGCGGUGGCAUUUUUCGUUUCGUCUUUUUUUUUUCAAAUUUCCCGCGCGCGUCCGAACGUGAACAGCGUGCACACACACACACAUACACCAAAACAAUUCGGGUGAACGUCCGGUCCGGAUGUUGACUUUUCCUUCAACGCGGUACAACCAACGGCCAGACAAGAGAAAAGAGAAGCGACUAGAGACGCCACUACGUGCUGCACAGUUGCUGCUACUCCUGCUGCUGGUGGAACGUGACACGCCCGUUGUCCAGGGAAAAAUAAAAUGGCCGGCAAUUCCUUGUCUCUCUGCUGCUCAUCCUCUGACUGCGACAGGAUCGCAACGACCUUCCUGUGUUGUUGCAACACUCUCCAGUGAUUCGCCUACAACUGGCUGAUGGGCUUAUUUAAUAAUUAUUGAUUGAGUAAAAAGAAAGAAAAGAAAUUCGUGAUUCGAAUAGAGAAACAGUGACAUCAUAACAUCGCAGUGCCAAUUUCAGUGUUCUCCCCCUCCCGUGAGUUUGCGUGCUUCGUGUGUUUAUACGUGUCUUGUGUGCAGUUCGUGUGUUUGCGCCUUGUUGUUUGGAAUAUUCACACAACUCGAAGGUUUUUUUUUUUUCUUCUUCCCUUUCGAAGAAAUCACCUCGUACCUGCAAGAAAUUGCGAAAAAAGAAGAAGGAAUAAAACACGACAUUCCCUCAAAACAACCAUUGGCUACGUCCUACCCCGAAAUCAACCCAAUCUUCUUGAGUACUUGCCGGGAAUUUCAAAGGUAUGAAGUACACAGAAGAGGUUCUUUCCGCUUGAAUUUUACAUAUGGGAUUCACCUAGUUGUUGCCUUUUUACACACGAUUACAUUUUUAAAAGGAUUUUAACAUCCUUUUGAUAAACGUGCACUUUUCGAGUCAUCAUCAAAAUCAUGCCUUUCAUUGAUGACGACUUGUUGUGGUGUCCCGAUAAUGACGGGAGAAUGGUCGAUCUCUCAUGUUUGACUGCCGCUCAGAGUGUCCAACCGACUGCAGUCCCGCCACUUAAUCAAGGAGGCGAGUUCUCAGACCUGACCGAACUCUCACACGCUGACCUGAAUGGCCUCGUGUCUGAGAUUGAAGGCGAGGAUGAAAUCUUCAAACAGUUUGGGAACUUCGAACUGGACAACAUUUUCGCCGAGUUUGACGAAAAAGUUGGGGAUUGCUCUACAUUGCUCAGCAAUCACACAGAGGCUGAUGAUUUUCUCAGGAAACGAUUAGCCAAAAGAAACUAUUUGGAAGAACACAGAGAAAGCUCCCACUUUUGCAGCAAUGGGGUUGUUAGCAGUAGUAAUCAAAUACAGUGCAGUAGCUCCAUAUCAAGUGAUGACUGCCACAGCCUGCAGUUGGGAAGUAGCGUGGAGGGUGCCACUAUCUCAGUCAGAGGCAGUAUUACCUUGAGCAGUGGUCGCUACCUGCCUUCCAUGAAUGCCAACCAUCAAGUGAACCUACCCAUGUCGUAUGGAGAGCCAUCAACUCCACCAUGCUCCUCUUCCACUUACAUCUCUCUCUCGAGUGCCACACCAACCCUAUCUAGCCUCCUCAACACACCCUCUCUUCACAAUCAGUCGUCGAAUUUGCUGAAGAGCGUCAAUACCUCGUCCCCAUCGACGCCCGUCUCUUCUCGGACAACCAGUAGUCAUUUCGUUAAUUCCCCACUGCCAUCACUUAUCAAGAAUAAGAACAUUGUCGCCGCCAACCCGCUUUUAGCCGAGAAACUUGCGGCACCGGCCGCGCCCCUGCCUCCGACCUCAUGCGCCGCGUUAGCGCUGAGUUUAGGCAUAGGACCGAUCAAGGAAGAGCCUCCUUCAUCGCCCCGCGCCAUGUCUCCCUUCUCGAUGCUCACCUCUUCGUUGAACGUCGACUGUGACAACCUCCAACCAUCUUUGCCUUCACCAGACUCGAGCAAAGUGGAUACGGCAGUGGACGGUAGCCGUGGUGGAUCGGCAGGCCGUCUGGUCUUGCAAGCGGCCAGGAAUAACGGCUACAACACGGAGACGGGCUCGCCCACUACAACAGCCGCCGGCAGCGCUCAAUCGUCGACCGUUUCUCGCCAACUUCAUCAACUGCAACAGCUUCAACAACAACAACAGCAACCGCCUACGACGACGACGACAACAACGACAACUUCUCCAGUGUCUGCCGAGCCUCCCAGGACCCUCCUUCGCGGAAUCCUCAGCCAACAACCCGGAGCCACCGUGCCCGGAUUGGCCGCUACUAACAACAGCGCCAACGCUGUUUUGGGUCUGGUCAAUCUGCACAGCAUCCUUCAGCCGGGUCAUCCGGCCUUGCGUCCGGCUGGACCUGCCGAUCACCAGCAACAACAACAACAGCAACAACCUGGACCCUACCACCAUCACCACUUAAAUCUUCACCAGCAACAACAACUUCUCCGCCAUCCGUCGCUGGUGCCAGCUCACCAUCCGCACGUCAAACCCGGAUCGUUACCACCUUCACCGGCCGACAGCGGCGUCUCUGACGUGGACAGCAGCAGCGGCCACACCAGUAACGACGAGUUAAAAUCACGACUGCAAUCAUCAGGUGGUGUUUAUGGCAACGAGGACGACCUGGUUGAUAGCCAAAGUCCAUCGCCCAUCACUUCUUCUUCUCCCUCUUCUUCUUCUUCUUCCUCUUCUUCUUCUUCUUCUUCUUCUUCGAGUAGCUGCAGUAAUGGUGGUGGUGCUGGCCAGCGAUUCAUCCCGCAGCCGCUCUUCUGUUACGAACGUUUCUCUGUCCUUCACCAGCAACGUUCUCUUUACGCUGUCAAUGACAGUUUCGACAAUUUCCAUCCGCCGUCGACGCCCUUGUCGGCUCAUCCGCCCUCAUCUUACGCCAUCCAUUCCCAGCAACAGCUCCAGCAGCAGCAGCAACAACAGCAGCAGCAGCAACAGCAACAGCAACAACAGCAGCAGCAACAGUUGUACAGCGGCAGCAAUGGCUUGCUGCAUCCGCGCGGUGGACCGUCUCUGGGUCCGCCGUCUCUGCAUCUUCAUCCGUCGAUGCCGGGAUCGCCGGCCAACGCUCACCACCACCACCACCUCCAUCAGCACCACCAGUUCCACCACCAUCACAAUCCGGCCGGCCCGUCGUCGGCCAUGGCGGCUUUGCUCUCCGGCUCUGCCGGCAGCGGCGGCAACGUGCCCAGCGUCCCGACUUCGGUCAUCCAAGCCCCGUCGACGGCCAGUCCCAUUUCGAGCGGCGGCGGAAGUCCCAGCGGCGGCGAGGACAACUAUUUCAACGAACUUUACAACUUGGGCAUUGGCGGCGGUGUGGGAGGCGGUGUAGGUGGAGGCUAUUCCGGUCAGCCGGACCUCGAGUCGCCUCACAGGAGGAAAAAGAUGAAGAAGCAACGCAAUCCCGACGGUCCCGAUGGAUGCCCAUCCGGCAAGAGGAAAAACAGAGAAGGUAAUAAUAAAAAGAAUUUGUCGCUCUCGUUAACGGCUCCGUCACUAAAAGCGAAAAUGUCUUGUUGUUUUUUUCCCAUUUGCGGCGGAUGUGCAGCUGGAUCGACGACGUACCUGUGGGAGUUUCUCUUGAAAUUGCUCCAAGAUAAGGACUGCUGUCCGCGCUACAUCAAGUGGACCAACCGCGAGAAAGGCGUUUUCAAGUUGGUCGACUCUAAGGCCGUUUCCAGGUUAUGGGGUCUCCACAAGAACAAACCCGACAUGAACUACGAGACCAUGGGCAGAGCAUUGAGGUAUUACUACCAGCGCGGCAUCUUGGCCAAGGUGGACGGCCAACGACUCGUCUACCAGUUUGUUGACGUACCCAAAGACAUUGUGGAAAUCGAUUGUACGGGCGCCUGAAGAAAUUGAUACAAAGAAGAAUAAAAAGAAAAAUAACCCUUUUCCUUUGCUCAUCGCCGUCUCGACAUAAGGAAGUGUGAAACGGAUGGAUGCCUCGAUAGACAAGAGGUCGCUGAGAAGGAAACGACAAACAUUUGACGGGACAAAUGUCUACCCUCUUUCUGCUCCUGUAUUUUUUCCUCCUAACUCCCUCUUUGUCCAAGUGCCUUUUUGAUCGGUUCGCUUCUUCUUCUUCUUAACAAAACCCACAAAACAAAAAUAAAAAAGACAAAAAAUUUGUAGCGCCGUCCUUUUGGGGAGAGGAAAAAGAAAAACCGGAUCUCAGAAAAUGGGUCCGUUUCUUUUUCCCCCUCACCCUUCUAUCCCCACCCUAAAUCCUCCUCCCCAUUUGCUUUGAGAAAAUCUUCUUAACUUCACUCUGAAUCCCUUUGAAGUUACGGCCCCGAACUUUUACUUUGUUUAUUUUUUCAAUUUUAAUCUUUUCUGAUCGAAACCUCAACUGUGAUGAUUGCGCGCGCGUGUCGAACGAUAAAUCCAAGAGCAAAUUUCUGAUAGAGCUCCAGGAGAAUUAAAAAAGGAUGUUGAGAUGGACGUUCAUUGCAGAGUUAGGGAAAAUGGGAGGGGAAAAAAAUAUUAGGGUUCCCCCAAAAUCAGUAUAAGUGUAUCAUAAUAACAUUUUUUUAAUUUUUAAUUUUUUUUUUGGUUUGUUUUGAAUUAUUUAUAACGAGUUACAAACACCAAUAUCUUUAUAAUCUUAUCAUCAUCGUUGCGUGUGUAAUUUAUACCAAUCCCCUCCAUCCCCCACCCGCGAGGAAAAGAAAUUGACAACUCUGUUACAUGGAUGUUUUCGUUUGUUUCUAUUUGCGCCGCUUACGUUUUGCGUUCACUGCAAAUUGUAUUACGCAACGAUAGGACGACCUGACUGGGAAAAGGAGAAAGGGAUGGCGAGGAGGAGAGAAAGAAAGUGAGAGUGCCUCGAAUAGUUCAAUGUUUAUAUAAUUCUACAUAGCGUUUUCCUUCCCCCCCCCCAUCCACACAAUUAAAGAAAAAGUUACAAAAAAAGAAGAAUUUAGAGAUGACAUUUAAGAUGAUUGUAAUAUUGUUAAUUUUCCCUGAUUUGUCGCAGUUUUCAAGUGUUAAAGAAAAGAAAAGAAAAAAAAAACGAGAAAAAGAGAAAAAAAUAUGAUGUCAAAUUGUUUUUGUACUGUACCUUCGGCAAAAAAAGAGGUGAUGGCCACCACAAAGGGAAAAAAACGCUAACGUGCUGUUAUCUAUAUACAUAUACAUAUUCGGGUUUCUAAUGUUUUGCGCUAUAUACUUAAGUUAUUUCAGAGCGAAUGUGUUGCAUGGACUGUGAAGAAUGCCUUAAUUUUGCCCGCCAGCCCCACCAUUUUAUAUAUAUCUAUACAUAUAUGUAAUUGCCUCUUCUGUCUCUUUUAACCACCAAUCCCAUUUCAUCAUCCGCAAGACAAAAUCCCCCCCCCCCCAGUUUGCUACUUGAAAAAAAAAAAAAAAAAUUAAAAUGGAGAAACCGAACCGGGAAGAAAAAGUUUCAACCUCAAAACCCAGAAGACCCUCCCCAGCAGCAGCAGCUCCCGUUCAUAGACGAAAAGAAAUGGAGAUCUCAAUUCUGAUCCCGUCUUCAUCACAGCAUCACGCGACACGAUGAUGAUUCGUGCCAAGAAUCCCCCCUUCCCCCUCCCCAUCACACAAUCCCGCUCCGUUCAACAGUAUCCUCUUUACAAAACAAUUGUUGUAUGCCACGUUCAAAAAACAAAUUUUUUUUUUCUCUCUUCAUUUUCAUGCCCCCCCCCCCCCGUUGGUAUCGAUCUGAAAUGAAAGACACAACACAUUGGCGCGGAUGCUCAUCGGUGAUGUAAAAUUAUCUGGUGGUUAAAAUUGUCGGGUGGGUUGGGGGUCCGCGUUCAACGCGCCACCUUAUACGUGUUUAAAGUGUGUGUGUGUGUCUUGGCCAGCUUCGCUUCAAGGUGGGCUAUAUGGUCGAAACAGACGCGACAACAAAUUUCGGCACGUCAGCGAUUUUAUUUGAUUAUUUCCCAACCCCCAUCUCUGUUUGUGUGUACGCGCGGUGAUAUGCAGCCGCUUUUUGUAAUUUUUAUUUCCACCUGAAAGAAAAAAAUAUCCCAUUUGUGUGUGUGUGAGUGUGUGUGGCGGGUACAUAUGUAAUAAUACAAUUGUCGUGUCUAUA